CAACAAAACGGCACACUUAGAAUUCCGAAAUAGCAGAAGGAUUCUUCAGAAAACCUGAUUGUUUUGUCGAAUUUUGUGAAGCUCGCCACAGGUUCCAGUGUAGCUGUUUUCCGUGACGUGUUAAGUAAGUGAAAAUUACUUGAAAAUCGCACAAAGCUUACUACAAUCUUUCAGAGUAUAUUAUUUAUUUAGUGUCUUGAUGCCACGUAUUGCGCAAAUGUAUUACUAUAUAAUAUCAGCAUGACACUUUAGAAAACUUUCAUAUGAGAACGUACGAACAAAGCCGAAGUCAUGUGUAAAUUUGCCAAUUUCAUACGGUGAAUGGUGAUGGAGAUGUGCGCAGAUUUGUGCGGCUUUUCGCCCCCUCCUCCCCCAUGCGAAUGUGAAAGGUAAUGAUGCAACUUCAGUAUCACAAUUCCACAUUUGUUCCGCGUCUGAAAUAUAUAAUACUUAUAUAAUCAACAUAAAUACCAGUUUCGGUAUAUAUGCUGAUACAUACAUAACUGAAAAUCGCAAGAAAUAAGGAACGAGCUAUUAUUGCAUAGCCCAUUACUUUCAGAAAUUGUCAGGACGUCUAUAUUUUGCAACUAGAGUCAUAAUUGCAUGCAUGCUUUGUCUUGCAUAUAUACUAAUAGCCAUCAUAUAAGUAAAAAUAUCUUGAUGAUUAAAUGAAAAGAACGAAGAAUUUAUUUUGCAAAGACUAUUUAUAAAAUUAGCUCUAAAAUUGGUGAGCUUUGUAUUGGUGCAGAAAGGCAUAAUCAGAAAAAUGGCGUUCGUCUCCAAUCUCAUUUAGAUCAGAAUGUUUACAUACUCUAUAUCAACCAUAUGAAACAUUAUCGAUCAGUUUCAACCGGUAAUCUAUGAGCUGGUAUUCUUAACUUUGUAACAGCCUUUGACGAUAUUUGGAAUUGUGGAUUAAAGAUAUAUAGAUAUUCCUAAAUAUGCCUUAGCGGUGCAAAGCCGAGGGAGCUCUGUAGACUGUAGUUAUAUUCGCCAUCGAUCAGUCUCUUUGUAUUGCUAUAAAUAUUUACAGUUUGUUCGGCAAUUUUGCAAGGAGCAAUUUUAAAAACUCACCCAUACUCGAUUGCUUGAAGCCCGAUAUCAUCUUGUGUAUUCUGACAUAGAUUAGAUCCAUUAGAUUCGAUCCUCUUGCAAACUUUUUAUGUGGGCUAAAUUAAUACAACCGCCUACGAAAGACGAGACGACCAUGCAGGGUGUCCCAAAAAACGAAAACCCGAUUGAAAUAACGCAUUGUUAAAAUUUGAUUGCCCUAGCACUCUCUUGAACCCACAAGUGCAUAAAAGCUUAUACAUAAGUAAAUUGUAUGCAUAAGAAACGGUUUAAGAAGCUGCUUUAAAUUCCCAAGAGCAGAAAAUCGUGCGCUUUACAAAGAUAUGUUAAUUUCUUAAUAAGUCAAACAUGUAUAUCAUGUUUCGCUCGCUACUAUGAUUGAUAUACCUGGUUGCAGUGAACGAACAGACUUCAAAAAGUCAAUAUAAUUUAAAUUAAUAUAUGCACCCUUGUCAAUAUUUUACGAAUCAUUGCGUUCAACUUAGUGCUAGGGCAUUCAAAUUUUAACAAUACGUUAUUUCAAUGGUUUUGCGGGGUUUUUUGCGACACCCUAUGUAAACAGAAGUGUUUGCUAUGUGUUUUUGUCUGCAGAGUUUAUGUUAAUUUGUGCACGGUCAUGCCAUGAUUGAGCUCAGGGUGCUCAUAAGAUACCAAAAUAAAGUAUGCUCAUAACUUAUUAUUAAGCACGCUCAUAUAUGUCCGAUUCUCCAAGUCCAGCAUUCUCAUGAUUAUACAACAUAUACAUGGUUACAUGUACAUGGUUAUAACUUAUAAGCUCAGCUGUGAAUAUAGAAUAAAAGCACGUAUCUUUCUCAUGUGGUACGUCCUAUUGCCGCCAUUUUCAAAUUUAUAGAGAAAAGUAAAUGUUAGCUUAGCACUCUACUUUAUGUUUGCGACAAACAUAUAGAGCUGAGCUAACUUCCACGCGUGAUGAUUACUGACUCAGUCAAAUCAUAGUUAUUUUAAUAGAUGGUUUGGAGACUCGAUGAAAGUACAAUAUAACUCAUUAACUAUGUUAUUGUCCAGCUUUAUGCAAGAAUUUGGUCCUAUCUCGUCACGUGUGUAUUGUAUUUUCGCUCAAAUAACCAAUAACAAGUUUGUGGUUGAGUUAUCCAUCCGUAACUUGAACAAAUGCUCAAUUUAAACAUUGCUAUUGGUUGUGCGGGAAAAAUACAAUACACACGUGACGAGAUAGGCCCAAAUCUUGCAUAAACCGAAACCAACAUAGUUAAUGAGUUAUAUUGUACUUUCAUCGAGUCUCCAAACCAUGCAUUCUAUUAGCUGUGGUCAAAUGCAUGCUCUCGUGUGCGGCAGGCUUGACUAAUGUGUUUUCAAAAAAGAGCUUAGUACACAAACAUCAAAUAAGACUAUCCAAACACAAUUUCUUACCAACAAAGCCUAAACGAAUUUCCUCGAGAAAGUCAAUUAGUUACAGAGGUCUGGGAGUGAUAUUUCAAAUCCGACUGUGAGGACCGGACUAGAUUUCAAGUCCGCGCAAGGAUCACGUCCGAGACAAAGCCGAGGACUGGAUCAAAAUGCGAGGAAUUGACAUCUAGGCAAUUGCUAGAUAGUAUACUUCAAAAUAAGAUUUCUGUUUUUAUUCUAUUUUUAAAAUAAGUUAGGGUUAGGUUAGGGUUUAGGUUAGGGUUAGGUUGGGGUUAGGGUUAGGUUUAGUAUUAGGGUUAGGGUUUAGUUUUGCGUUAGGAUAGUUUUUUCUACGUUAUAAAAACGGAAACCUUGACAUCUAGUCCAGUCCAAAUUGGAGUAUUUGAAAUGACAUCUCAUACGAAUAAAUCACUACUUAUUAAUUAAUUUUGAUCGAGUCCAAGGACUGAAUUAAUUUUGAUCCAGUCCUAGGAUUGAUCAAUAUACUACAUCAGGUAUCCAGUAUUAUCAUGUGAUCAAAAUGAAGCGAUAUGGUUGGCUAAUUCAAUCAUAAAUUAUUAAUGAGUUUGAGGUGCUACCUUAAGAGCGCAACGACAGGUUUUCUCUCAUGUGAGCAAAAUAAAGGGAUAUGGUUGGCUAAUUUACUCAUGAAUUAUUAAUGAAUUUGAGAUUAAUCUAUCCAACCGCGAAACCAAAAACUCGGCAACUAUAAAAUUUUUAGGAAGAGAAUUAAGAACAUAUAUAAUAUUUAAGUUGCGAAUAUUGUCAUAUAUAAUUGUAAAAGAAAGAUUUGGUUUUAAUCACAAAACAUAUUUCUACUUUCAGCUCUCAAAUCGGUCAAUUGUAUAGAACACACGAGCAUUAAAAAUGGAGGGAAGUGACAAGAAGAAAGAAAUAGAAGCGUACCUUAACUCCGGACGCUCCUAUAAAGAUAACUGUCAGUUUCAAAGGGCGAUUGAAAAUCUUCAAGAAGCUUUCAAAUUGGCUGAGGAACUAAAAGACGAAAGGAAGGUAAACGAAGUAAAUCUCGAGUUAGGAGAUGCUUAUGGCUUCAACUCUCAGAUUGAACCGGCAAUUGAAUACUUCGAGAAAGCCUUGCAAAAUGCAAGAAAACGAGCAGAUAAGCAACAGGAGACGGACGCAUUACUUGGGUUAGGACUUGUAAAAUAUGAUAUGAACAAUCAGAUUGAAACUGCAAUUGAGCACUUUCAGAAAGCUUUGGUAAUUGCAAGAGAGCAACCAGAAGAUAGACAGCGAGAAACAAGGGCGUGCAUUGGGUUAGGAGAUACUUACAGACUGAACAAUCAGAUUCAUAAAGCGAUUCAACACUACGAGAUAGCCUUAAAGAUUGCAAACGACCGAGGAGAUAAACAGCAGGAAAUUAACGCGUACAUUGCGUUGGGAAAUGCUACUUAUAGAUUGAAAAAUCAGGUUCAAAGGGCAAUUGAAUACUUUAAGAAAGCCUUGGAAAUUGCAAAAGAACGAAAAGAUAAGCAUGGAGAAAGACGAGCGUACCUUGGGUUGGGAAAUGCUCAUAUAUUGAACAGUCAGAUUCAAACGGCAAUUCAAUAUUAUGAACAAGCCUUGAAAAGUGCAAAAGUACAAGGAGAUAAGCAGGGAGAAUCAGAGGCAUUACUCAGGUUAGGAAGUGCUUAUGAAACGAACAGUGAGAAUCAAACGGCAAUUCGACAUUAUGAAGAAGCCUUGGAAAUUGCAAACGAACGAAGAUAUAAACUUCUCAAGGAUUUGGCAAGAAAGGCCAUUGAACAACUGUCAAGAAUCACAGGUAAGCUUAGGUGAACACCCUUUCACUUUGAGUAUCAGGUUGUUAAGGUUGUAGUCAUUGAUAUGCGUUAGGACCACUGUUCUGAUAGAUCAUGCAGGGAUUAAACUCGUAUCUAUCAGGGCGGUGCAGCAAGCGCGCGAAAUGCGGAAGUAGCCUGGGGCGUGCACUUUUUGGUUCACCGAAAAGAAAGCAAAUUUUGAUAAAUGUCUAGUUCUUGUGCAACUUUUUAAUAUCAACCUUUUUGCGUGAAUACGAACCAACUCGAUAUUUAUUUACAAUAUAUCACUCUUAGUUUUGAAUUAUUUUGAUUUGGCAAAAAUGAAGCUGUCAAAGAGGAUUCACUAUUGAUAAUGCGCGUGUAUUUUAUUUUAUUAUAUAGUAGAGAGUGAGAUACUGAAAAAUACACAGUGACAUAUUUUCCAUAUCUUCACUAGUUUAAGAUAUUGAUCACAUGACUUUUGGUAUUAAUACAAUUUUUUGCUUGGGACUAUAUAAUAAACAGAACAUUACACGGUGGCUUAAAGAUAUUACCUUUAUCUUCUCGUGUUAAAAACAAUAUUAGAUAGCUUAAGAUCUACGACGUCGACGUCAGCUAGGACGUCAGGGCUAUGCAGGGGACUGGGACUAGGAUGUCGUCCUAAUGUAGUCCCAGUCCUCUGCUUAGCCCUGACGUCCUAGCUGACGUCGACGUCGUAGAUCUUAAGCUAUCUAUUUUACCACUCGAAGAUAAAAGUCAUAUCUUCGCGCCGCCGUGUAAUAUCCUCUGUAUCACACGAUCGCAUGUUUCUUUUGACACACACACAGUGGCAUAGCCAGUCUGAUGAUUCAGUCCGGCUACGCAAAUAUUGCCAAGUUUUUAGACUAUCAACACAAUCAAUUUCUAAAGAAAUAAAUAUAAAUGAUCAGUUGAAGUUUGCAUAGCGGUACCAAAUCGUCGGGCUGGUUACGCCACUGCACACACAUGAUCCAGGAUUAAGCUGGAUAUUUUAGAUGACUAAAGAAGGUUGCCUUUUGAUUCAUUUAUACUUAAAACCAGAAAAGGGAACCAGAAAACAUGUCUGAUGUUAAAAGUGUUUGCCGUGAACGAAUGAACUUUAAACCUUAAAUAUGUUUUCAUAUAUUGUACGUGUCCAUUGACAGCUGCAUUUGAGAGUGUGAUAAACUGUAUUUUUAAUAUGCUUGUGUGGUGUUACUCUGAGUGUAUCCACACCGGGCAGGCUUGAAAAAUAUGCCUGGCCACAUGACCAGGCAUAUUUUUCAAGCCUGCCCGGUGUGGAUAUACACUCAGAGUAACACCACACAAGCAUCUUAUUCACCUGAGUACAUUACACCAACACAGCAAAUUUUAUAUUGUUAAUCUUUAGAUUUAGAUACACAUCAUGAUAACAGCAAAGAUCUUCAAACAUCCAAUACAUCAGAUAGCGCUCAAAUGCACGACACUGCUGAUAAUGAAGAGCAAGAAGACAUCGAAAGUGAAAAUACCAGUGAAGAAACAAGAAUUUCAGCAGAGCAGUUAUUGAUCCAGGGACGUUCUUACCAAAAAGAAGGCAAAACCGAAGAGGCCACGAGUAGCUACGAAGAAGCAUUUAAAAUUGCGGAUGAAACAGAUCGUGAUGACAUGAAAGCGAAAGCUUAUCAACAUUUAGGAAACCUAUUUACUGAAAUUUUCGAAUAUAAGAAAGCGAUUGAGUAUUAUCGGAAAGCACGUGAAAUAUAUCCAGAGCUCGAGGAGGAUGAGUUGGAAGUAGAAGCACAUCAAUGGUUGGGUGACAACUACCUGCAAGCUGGUCUGUACAAAGAAUCCAUUGAGUAUUACAAGGAAGCCGCAAGACAUGCCUCGCAGCUGGAGGACAAGAAUCAGAAAAUUAACGCUAACUUGGGUUUAGUGAAAGCUCACAUGAAGUUAGGACAUGUAAACAGUGAGAGUGGUUUGCUUGAUGCAGCUGUUACAUCCUAUCUCGAGGCUCAAGAAAUUGCUGCUGAUCUUGGUCAGAUCAAAGAAGAAGCCAGCGCCUGUCUUAUGCUCGGCAAGACCUUCGAAGAAUUAAAGCAAGAGGAUAAAGCAAUAGAAUUCUAUUAUAAAGCCCUAGUGAUUAAUAAAGAAUUGAAAGAUGAAGAGACGCAAGUGACCGCUGAAAAGAGAUUAGGAAUUUUGUGUUUAAAAUUGGCAUCCGAUUGUAGUGAAGAUUGUGAUUAUGAGGGAGCGGUAAAAUGGUACGAAAAGAUGUUAAAUGUUUUUGGAACAGAGUCCAACAAUCAGCUCCUGCGGAAAAAGGCCCUUACUGGUUUGGGAGUUGCCUGGUUUCAUCUUGGGUAUACUGAAAAGGCGAUUGAUUCAAUUCAAGGAGCUCAAAAGUUUUCGAAAAAGGAAACAAGCAAAGGUAUUUAUUUCAUGUGAACUUUGAGAACAUAUUUAGGAUGAGAGACCAGGACAUAUUUUUAUUCAAAUAUGUCCCCGGUCUAAAUGUUUAAACUUGUCAAGGUUUUGCCUUAACUUGUUCCAGUUUAUGGCAAAACUGAAGACUGGAGUUAACUGCGAGGACAUGGAAUAUGCUCCAGUCCGAAUUUGAUGUUUUGAAAUGACAUCCCAUCCUCAUAAGCUAGCUUUAGCUAAUGAAUGUUGAUCAUGCAUAAAUUAUACUGUGCGCUAAUUAAACAUUCAGUUUAUUCUGCCAAGACAAACCUUUCCUAAAUUGAAAAUCAAUGAAUCGAUUUGUCCUUCAAUCCUUGGGCAAUGUCCAUUAUCGUGGAAAGACGGAUGAAAACAUGUAACCCGAGACCUUUAGGUUGCAGUUAAGUUAAUAAAAUAUUUUGUAGAUUCUGUAGAUGGUGAAGACGUUAAAAUUCCGCAAGAGUACAAAAGUUUGGUGGCGGAGAGAGUUUCGUCUUCGCCAAUACCAGGUGAAUAAUUAUAAUCACUUAAGCUAAUUUUUUACUAUUUACACACAUUCGAGAAGAACGUAUGCAUUGACAAUCAUCAAAUUUUGUUAAACAGUUACAGUAUAUUCAUAUACGAAUGAGACACUUAUGUGCUAUUUAAAAUACGAGCAGCAAUGUUUUAUCAGAUAUAAAGAUACGACGCAAAGCCGAGUAUCUUUAGGUCUGAUAAAACAUGCACUGCAUGCAUCUAGUAAGUUCAUUGGCGAAGUAAUUUUCAAAAACUACGUUGUGUAAGUCGAGAAAAUCAAAGUUAAAGUUUAUGUAAAUCAAGGCAACUCUAUCACAUAUAAAGAUACGACACGCUCAUGAGUUUUCUUUGUGAAUUAAUACUACAUGAAUUAUUGAAGUACUAGUCAGUAAAACAUGAGCAGCUGAUUUUUAUCUGAUAUACAAACUCGAGCCGAAGGCGAGAGUUUGUAUAUCAGAUAAAGAUCAGAUGAGAAUGUUUUAACGUGCUUAAAAAACGAUGUAAAUCAGGACAAAUCUUUAUCCGAUUUACAAACAUUGAUUAAACAUUCAUUUCUUUUGUAUUUUUUUCAUGAAUUAUUUAUGAGUUUUUUAAUGACUAAUGUUAUUCAAAAUAUGUUUUAGCGGAGUGGUUGAAAUCAUUUGAGGAAACCUGCAACCCAACCAAUACAGAAUGGUUACCAAAUGAAGACUUGGCUAGCUUGGAAAAACACAUCGAAGAAUUUUCCGCUUCCAUUGUGUAUACUCUUCCGCCAUCAAGUGAGGAGCCCUUGACGGAGAAAGUUCGCAAAUCCAUGACAGCAAAUGUUAAAUCGUCAGCUUGCAAAACUCUGUUGAGCCGAAAUAGAGAUAAAUUCGGUAAAAAUGAUGGGAAAUUUGUGGACGAUGAUCAACAAAUUUUGGACAUUGCAAGAGAUGACUUAUCGAAGAAUGCUGCAACUAAAAUUCCUGCAAGAUUGUUAGAAACUUUGAGUACUUACAUGAAAUCUGUUGGUCAAAUUUCAUGUGGAAGAAUUCGAGGAACGUGUUUCCUCGUGACUGACAAGUUUGUGAUAACUAACCAUCAUGUUGUUAGCAUGAUUAACGCGGAACGAAUCGAAGUUGGAGAUCACAGCUUGCCCAUAAUAGUUUCAUUUGAUUAUUUUUAUGCUCAACAAAGAGAACAUGUUGUCACUGUAGAAGUUGAUGAAGAACACGAUCCUCAAUGUGGGAAUCCAAACUUGGAUUAUAAAUUUUUAUGUUUAGAAGAAAAUGAAGGUCUUAAAGGUCGCGUUCCACUUGGUGAAAUGGUACGAAGUCGUCCGUUACAAGACGGUUUGGUUAUUAUCUUGGGUCAUCCAGAAGGAAACGAAAUGCACGAAGAAACAUGUGUCGUGGUAGCCAGUCACUCUUGGCGUGAGAAAUUGGCACAAAGGCAUGAGAAAAUUCAGCCAAGCCAAAGAGAUGACGGAGUUUCUGUCAGUUUGCACAUGACCAACGACGAUUUACUACGAAGGUAUCAUGACCGUCUUCCUUAUGAUACAAGUCUAUUUCAUGGUUCUAGUGGCUCUCCCGUUUUUGAUGUGAAUGGAAACAUCGUCGCGAUGCACACGCAAGGAUACACGCUGGACGUUGAGGGAAGAAGAUGUUGUUCUUUGAUGGAGUUCGGUGUCCAGUUCAGUGCAAUAUGCGAAGACUUGAGAAAACUUAACGUCGUUGAGCAAUUGUUUCCAAACUACAAGUUGGGUAUUGAUGAACAACGAAUGGAUGAAGAUUGAUUGUACUAGCCGUACAAGACGGUAAAAGGACUGACUCACUAAAAGCCAAUAUGAUAUUCAGUAUAUAGCAGUAGAAAAUCUAAGUAGCAAUAUAUAUGACUAAAUAUUUGAGUAAGUUUUUGAUUAACAAUUUCCAAAGUGAUUUAUGACGACAACUACUUCAGUUUUAUUCAUUUAUUUACUUUUGUACAGUACUACACAAUAAUGUUAUGUUGAAAUAUCACAAUCUUUUGUGCAGUACUACAUACACAAUGAUAUUACAGUAUGUUGAAUUGAUUUAAUCAUGUACAGUAUAUUUUGAUAGUUAAACUUGAUCAAUUUAUAAUUAUCUAUAAAGUAGAAUAAUUUAGAUACACGUCUACUUGUUUCGAUAAUAAACUAUUAUAGAUCAGAUAUUACUGGAGGUAGAUGGUUAAAAAUUUUCAAAAUGAUGAAUGAACGCAGCUCCUUCAGUUUUAUUUAACUCUGUACACGCACUUUCAACACCCUUCGUCAUCGAAGGGGGACCACAGCUGAACACGCCGAUUUUUGAAGCCUGAACAAGAAAUAUAUAUCGUAUAUAAACAUUACCGUCGGUAUACUUUAUUUCAAACACGGCUUUAAAGCUUUUGAUGGAGGAGCUUGUUCCCACUACAAUUUUGCAG